UUUCUCGGCUAUCAGAGACAGUUUGAGACUUGGUUUGUGAGUGAGUCAUGAAGAGAGGCGAAGGUUGAGGAACCACACGCAAUUACUAUAUUUUUUGUUGGUGGUUUUUUUUAUGUGAGUCUUUUCAAUGGUUGCUCGUGUGAUGAUGGAGAAACGAGCAACGCGGGCAAGACGGCACAGAGGCAAAGAGAGCGAGAGAGAGAGGCUCAAGUUGGCACCAUUGCUGCAGCUGAAGAAAAGUGCGCGAAAGAGUGGACGUGGAAGAGCGAGAGGGCCGCGAAGAGAGUGCAAUUUGCUGGGAGGGCAGCAGCAGAAAGAAGGCGAAGAAAUUUUUAGAAACCUGUUGAGCGAGGAACGCGCAGAGAGAGAGUGUGGUCGGGAUUGUGCCAGUGGAGCCUGUGCAGGACGCGAGAGCUGUGUGUGUCCAGGGCCAGAGAUGAGGCCGUGAGAGAGGCUGUGAAAGUGCUGUGAAGUCUUUGUGUGUUGUGCGAGAGAAAAUGGGCGAAGAUGAUCCACCCAGUUUGGAGUACAUUGAGGAUCCGUACUUUCCGCGUCUGGCCAACGGCGCCACGCCGUCGCUGGACGAGGUGACGGAGUUCGAUCACAGGAGUCUCUUUGGCGACGAGGACACGUGCGAGUGGUCGCGCGAGACUGAACUCUAUCUGAGAUCACUGACCCUCGACCAGCUGCUCGGGGUGCCUGAUGACGAGCUCCAGACCGUCGAGGCGGAGUUCGUGCCCGCGUCCAGGGCCAGGCGGAUUCGGUUGCUGACGAAGCGGAAGCUGCGCGAUGUGAAAGUGACUUUCAUAGACUUCUCAAAGCCCUACUUGGCUCGCAUUUCCAGCAAUGAGAACUACAAGAAGUUCCUCCACUUUGGCGACGCUGACAACUCGGCGAAGCUGUCCGAUGUAUCUCCCGGAUCUGUGGGAUCUGCCGUUGAUGUAGUGGACGAGCUGGCGGGCUUGUCGCUGGAGGAGCAGGAGCGCCAGAAGGCGGAGUGGAGCCAGGAGCUGUCGCGCGUGGAGGAGGAGAUCACGACGCUGCGGACGGUGCUGGCGUCCAAGGUGCGUCACUCCAGUGAGCUGAAGAGGAAGCUGGGCAUCACAGUGUGGAAGGAGAUCACCGAUGACAUGAAUCAGGGCAUUAAGAAUGUCAAGGAGAGCAACGUAUAUCAAACGGUCGAGGAGAAGGUGGGAAAUUUCACUAAAGCCGUCCAGGAUGCGCCAAUCUAUCAGAAGACCGAAAAUGUCUUCAAGUCAACAGCUGAGAAGACAUCUUCACUCUUCGGUGGUCUUUCGACGAAAAUCAGUCAAAUGAAGAACUCAGAGUCCUUCAAGUCCUUCGAAGAGCGCGUUGGCUCAGCCUAUGAGAAUGUCAAGCAGACGAAAGUCUCCAACAGUCGUUCCAAUAGCGUCCAUAGUUUUAGUGACUAUCAUGAGGAUUCGAGAACUUCCACGGCUCCACAAUCGCCCACCAUUCCGGAGGAGAAGCCCCUCAAAUAGAGAAGCGGUGAAUCAGGCACUAAAACACAGCAUCUAUUUUCCUAUACGUCCUGACCAGAUGAAGAAUAUCGCGCGCGAGAGAGAGAAAAUCCACUGUUGAACAUUGAACCAUUUAUUGAACGAAUCUUUUCUUUCCAAUUUGAUUUGUCGACACACGAAUUAAUUGAAUGUGCACACAGAGAACGUAUAUAUAUAUACCUAAUUGUCUUUAACAAGAGAAAAAUAUAUUGUGCCUAAAUGGUGAAUCUACGAGCGUAGACGUUGUGUGUGUGUGUGUGUGUGGAGGAAUAAGAAAAAAAACAACUAAGAUUUACGAUGGGAGAGAAAAGCUCUAUCUUACAAUUUUUUUUUCAAUUAUAUACGGCAAUUGCAGAUUUAUAUAAUGGCUAAAAUAAAUGUUUUAAAUCAAU